UGUUUGCUCCUCUCCUGCGGUUAAGUCCCCCUCCAUCUGAAAGAGACUACAUGUUCAACUUAGAUGAAACUGAGGGUGUCUGCGACUUCUUUGACGUUCCAGUAUUGAGUUCCCUUGAAAGUGAUUUGCAAUGAAGUUUGUGAUGGGACUGGCAAAGUUGGUGGGCACAUCAGUGGUUAAUUGCAUUUUGAAAGCAUCCCUUGAUUAUGUUUGGGCAUGUAAUGCUAAAAGGUUACCAAGGGCAUCGAGAUGAUGUAAUGUUAUGUUGUAAUAUAUAAUUGUUGGAGUAAUAUUCUAUUUAUUGAUGACUGUUAACAGUAUUUAGAUGAAUGAAAAAGAGGAUAGGUAAGUUAUAUAAACCAUUCAUGAAAUUGGUUGCUGAUGUUGAAAGUGAUACAUGGUUCUUUUGUCAAGUCCUUUUCCAUAUUUGUGUUACUUCAGAAUAAAUUUGAGGAAGUUAGAAGUGGUAAGGGACAAAAAAAUGUUAAAAACAAAUGAUGUUGCUUUCAUGGAAGGGCAGUUAAUCCAGGACUUGAUGUGACUGGGGCCAGUGACCUUCAGAUGAUUCCAAGGGAAGGUGUACAUGCCCUGAAAGAUGACCUUGGUUGUCAGUUAGAGCUGAUGUUCUGAUUUGUCCUUGCAGAUCUUUUGUGCUAAGUUAUGUAUGGUUAGAUCUGAAAGGAAAUGAAGUAGAGCAUCAAAGUGAUAGUUUUAUCCCCUUUAUUUUUAUACAUUCUAAUGGGAGUAACUAUAGAAUUGUCAUUCAAGCAGGUCUUGGAAGUUUUAAAUUGCUGGUAUGCAGUCCUUGUGUACUUGUAAUAUUUUGUCACCCUUUACCAUAUAUUCAUUUUAUUUUGUUAUUAUUUUUUAUUUAUUCCCCCCCCCCUUGUGAAGAAAGUUUAGUUAAAGAAAAUUUUGUUCUCAGUGUUCAUGCAAUUUUCAACAAGUUAUCAUUAUACAAGAAUUAAGUACUAGCAUUGAUAUAAAUAUUAUUAUUUGGCCUGCAGUAUUUAUUUGAAAACAAAAACAUAUGCAUAGAUUAUCUAUGUAAAAUCCUCUUUAAUUAAAACAUUUUGUGCAUAAAGAUGUGUACAUGUGGGCUUAGAUUUUUUUUUUUUUUUUUUUCUUCUUUCUUUUUUUUUAAAUGAAAAUAGCAAUUUUGGGAAAAUAAAAAUGGUGAAUUAUGUGAAUCUAAAGUAAAAUAUUUUACUCUUAUAUGAUUAUGAAGCCACUCUGGCAUGGUGGCUCAGAAUGGUUGUCCAUGAUCUCUUGGUAACUGUGAUGAGUAAAGUGUAGCUGUGUUUAUGACAAGAAACACAUUAGCUUCAGAUUGGAGUCUGUAUACAGUACCUUAGUAACAUCCUCCAAUAAUUGUUUUCGUGCUUGCUUAGGAAAAGUUGUUAUACAGGUGAAUUGUACUUUUUAGCAAGUAUGAGCGGAAAUGUUGCUAUCCAGUGUACAUUGCAUCUACCAAAGGAUACUUUACCUUUAUAGAAAGGUUACCUCUGUCAUCAGAUAGCUACAGUUGUGCACUAGAUCAGUAUUUUUACAGAGUUGAGGAGAGCCUGUGUGGUAUAAUUUCUGGAUUUCAUAAGUUGGUCUGAAAAUUAUUCAGAGCAGUGAGUUGUAAGUGACUUGCAGUGUGGUGAUUCAGAAAAGAGGCUGAUCUAGGGACUUGCUGCUUAUAAAGAUGAAUGAGAUCUUGGUACAUUUACACUACCAAGUGUAUGAGGUGCCAGUACAAGUACAAAUUGUAACAAUAUAACCUAUAAUGACCUCAGCAGUAUUAUGAUAAUAGGAUUUCUGUAUUAUUAUUGUCAUGACCGUAUUAUUGUCACUUUUUUAUUAUUAGUUAUUUACUUGUAUUGAGUUACUAUUAUUGAUGAUGGAGUCAUUGUUAAUAUGAAUAGGUACAUUAUUUAUUCACAGAUAAAUGUGCUAGAUGGCAGUGGAAUUCAAUGUUUUUGCUUGUGUAACAAGAGCUGGGAUCAUUAUAGGUAUUAGGUUACAGGUUAUAAUCUAGGAUGACUUGCUUGGUUACUCAGUGCUGUACAUGCAUUACUAUUACCAGCCCAAACCUUUCAGCUUUUUGUACAGAAAUCUAACAGUCCAAGUGCAAAGGUCUUGUCCUUAAAGUCUGUUAUAGUUGUCUGAAAAAUAUUGAUUCAUAAAGUAUUUUACAAAGGAAAAGGAUCAAGUUAAUUGCCAUGCAAAUAUAUUAUUUACAUAAAUAUCAUAUGAUCUAUCCAUACUUUGUGGUAUUGUUUCUUAUGGUUAUUGAUGUUAACAUUCCAGUUGUACUUCAGAUGGAAGCAGUGGUAUUUGUAUUUCUUGUUAAAAAGGAUAAGAAACCUACCCUCUUUUUCUUCUCCCUUUCUCUCUCUCUCUCUCUCUCUUGCUUUUGUCACAUCCUAAAUGUGUAUUUUAUUUUACACUAUAUUUCAAAGGUGACCUUCCAUUUGUUAUGCUUAAUGGAAAAUGUAUUUGUGGAACAUUACUACAGCAUCAACAGUUUCUCAAAAUUCAUUUCAACAUUUACCUUUUCAAUACACAAUUAUUUGUCUUAAUCAUUAAUAAUUACAUUUUCAGUUGUCUUGGAAUUUAGAAUUGAUUGUUCAAGAUCAAAACCUUGCUUAACCUCUUUGGAUUACACCAUAGAGUUUUUCAAAAUGGUGAUAAAAUGCUCUGCUUUCUUUUUAAGUAUAAAAGGAUCACGUACAUGUCAAGCAUGUAGAGAAUUGAAGGCUACAACUCCAGAUGUUCAGUCUUAUACUUACAAAUAUCCAAAUGUAUAAUAUAUUGCAUAGUGAUAUGCAAAUGUAUAAGUAAUUUAUAGUAUUAGUUAGGGAAUUGUAAUUAUAUUUUUUUUCCAGGUACACAUUUUUAUCCAAAUCAUUGGAAGUUUAAAUUACCAUUGAGUUUGGUCUUUUGGCAAAACAUUUGAAAUGUAUAACAUCAGGGAUGGGUUCAACAUACAAUAAAAAAAUACUAGUUCACAAAUGUGCAUAACACACACAUAUUUUGAAUUUGGAGAAGUAGAACUUGUGCGACUUGUGAACAGAAUUGUGGAUAAGCAACAGAUAAUUGUACAAAUACAUCUAUAUUUUUUACACUGAAGGUUGUAUCUUAUUUUACACUGAAGAUAAGUAAGAAACUGAAGGCUGCUGAAAAAGAAAUUAAGAAGAGGUCCUCCCCCAUGCAUGGCACCAGUAGAGUAACGGAAUGCAAGCCAGUCUAGUAAGUUGUGUAAAUAACACCAUGUUACUGUGUUAAGUUAAUUCUUUUGUACAAAAUAAAAAAUGUAAUCCAAA